AUGGACUGGCGGGACGGGAAGCUGGGAUGUGAAUUACAGCUUGGAGAAACUAUAAGAGAUGCCAAAUGGCUGCAUAACGACCAGUUCUUUGCCGUGGCGCAGAAAAAAUAUGUCUACAUUUACGAUCAUGCUGGUGUUGAGAUACACUGUUUGCACAAGCAUGUUGAGGCCACACACCUGGAAUUUCUUCCGUACCAUUUCCUUCUUGCUAGUGUUGCUACCAGCGGAUACCUCAAAUAUACAGACACCUCCACAGGCCAACUGGUAGUAGAACUGGCUACCCGUCAAGGCUCCCCAACAUCCCUUUGUCAAAACCCCUAUAACGCCAUUCUACACGUUGGACACCAAAACGGCACCGUCUCUCUCUGGUCUCCCAACUCUUCAACUGCCCUCGUCAAGGCCCUCACCCACCGUGGACCCGUCCGAUCAGUGGCAGUCGACCGACAGGGACGAUACAUGGUAUCAACAGGUCAAGAUAUGCGCAUGGCAAUAUGGGAUAUCCGCAUGUUCAAGGAGGUACACAACUAUUCCGUUCCCCAACCCGGCUCAAGCGUUGCCAUUAGUGACCGCGAACUCACUGCGGUCGGCUGGGGUACACAAGUCAGUGUAUGGAAAGGACUAUUCACGGCUGCAGCUGCAGACCAAGAGAAGGUGCAAAGUCCAUACAUGGCCUGGGGCGGCGAUGGGAAGCGCAUCGAGCGCGUCCGCUGGUGUCCAUACGACGACAUUCUCGGAGUGUCGCACGAGAAGGGAUUCUCCAGCUUAAUCGUGCCGGGCAGUGGAGAGCCCAACUUCGACGCCUCUGAAGUCAAUCCAUACGAAACCACCAAGCAGAGACAGGAGGCCGAAGUACGAGGCCUACUUACAAAACUGCAGCCAGAGAUGAUCUCACUCAAUCCGCACUUUGUGGGAAAUAUUGAUAUUGUGAGCGAUGCUGUGCGCAGGAAGGAGCGCGAUCUCGAUAGGAAACCCGAUGAUAUUAUUGAGAAGUUGAAGAAUCGCGGUCGUGGGAGGAAUAGUGCGUUGCGCAAGUAUUUGCGCAAGAGGGGAUAUAAGAAUGUUAUUGAUGAGAAGCGGCUUAAGGCUGAGGAGCUCCGGAAAGAACGCUCGUCUAGGGCGAAGGAGAAUUUGCAGCGCCAAAAGGCUGGUUUGGGACCUGCCCUUGGGCGCUUUGCGAGAGUGAAAUCUUUGUGA